AUGGCGGGAGAGGGAAAACUUGGGCCUUGCAUGCAGUGCGUUCGAUGCAUGUUGUUCGUCUUCAAUGGUCUGUUCUGGGUAGGUAAAGGGUAGUUAUAAAGAAAAUCAUAUAAACGCCAUUCAAGUGAAGCUUAUACCCAAACCAGACUGUCAUCGAUUAGGAGGAUUAUGCAUCAGUUAGUCUCAGUUAUGCUGAGAAAGUCGCCUUAUUUUACCCAUUGUUAUUUAAAUAAAGAAAAAAAUUCAAUUAGACGGACAUCUUGCGUAAACUUUUGAAUCGAGAGGUGGCUGUAAAGUCCAAAAACUUAAGAGAUAAACUUAAGAGCGUAUAGAAAAUCUAGAUAGGUUGGCUUUUUCUCGAUUCGAAUCUGGUAUUUUGAUGUGUGCACAGAGCAAGUAGAAUAGUGAAGAAAUUGUGUCUGGUGGAGAAACAUGGUGUCACAGUCGUGAUUCAUGUGACGUUUUCAGUAUUACUGUUAGUUCUGGUGCAAUAUAAUAUAAGUAUGGCCAGUAUAUGGCACACAAAUAUGUGAGAUAUAGUUUUUGGAAGGACUGCUUAAAAAAAAUGUACCUUACAAAAACAUGUAUCAUGAACAGUGCUAAAUAUUGAUGUACAAAUGAGCUAUUAGUACGUGUUGGUAACUGGAGACUGAAAUGAUUAUUUCAAAUUCAACAACGUUCAGAAUCAAACUAUUGAUCUUCGAAACUGUUAAUCGUGAGGUCACUCUGGAAAGCAAAUCUAAACUGAAUGUAGAUGUACCCUAUUUCAUAUGCCUGACUUUUGAGGACUUGAUGGGGCUUUCAACAUUGUUACCCGUGAAAUAGGACCAUGCAAAAACAGUCAAACACUACAAUAGCAACAAAACACUGGAAUAGUCAAUAUUUCCCCAAGGCCAAAAUAUGAACAAAUUUGAUAUGAGGGGGCCAAAGGUUGUGCUUGUUGUCAUUUGUAAUGAAAAUUUUGACUCAGGGUCAAGUGUGAGCUGCAUGCAAGAAAGAAAUUCAGGUAAAUUUACCACUCAGAUGAUAAUGGAGUAGUUGAAAUUAACCAGCCUAAUCCACAAAGAAGCAAAAUCAUUUUGUGGCUUUCACAUUGUUUUAAUGUGCAAUAUUCCUUCUCUACCAAGACUAGCUCCUAAUUUUGAACAUAACCUGUUCAGCUUACAGGAGGUGGCCUGCUUGUUGUGGGUAUUUGGGCUCGCAUUCAGUUCAGUGAUUACAUGAAGUUGUCAAGUCAUGAUUACUCCACAGCAUGCUAUGUAUUGAUUGGUGCUGGAGCCCUUGUCAUAAUUAUUGGUUUCCUUGGUUGUUGUGGAGCCUAUAAAGAGCAAGUAUGCAUGUUGAAAACAGUAAGUACUAAUAUGACUACAUUGCAUUGAUCACAUUUGAUCACCCAUAUUUUAUUUCUAAUCUUUUUACAUUCCCCUGUGAUUAUUUUGUGUAGAUCACUUGAAAAUGCAAUUUUUAUCCAAGAAAAGGAAUAGAUUAGAAUUUAAAUCAGGGGAAAGAUCUCUCUGACUUUUGAGAUAAAUAUUAACACUAGACUCACCCUGAAUCAUGCUCACAGACAGGAGCAUCGUGACUGACCUAAUUUAUUUUGAUACUGUGAGGCACUUAAGAAUCAUAUGGACUUUACCAAGCUGCAAAUCAGGGGCUUUUAAGAGAGGAACUGUUAACAGGGAGUUAUAAGAGUUUAAUCAAAUCUUCCAGAGGGCCAACUGCAAGUUAUCAAUUUGAUAAUUUUUCUUAUUAUUGAUCCCCCAGAUUUAAUGUGUAGCAUUACAUACAGAAUGUAUCUCUUUAGUUUAAAACGUAAAUUAUUAAAUAGGAAUAAAUACAGUCUUUCAAAUGCAUAAGUAUAUUCAGUAUUUGAUGGUACUCAGCCCAAAAAAAAAACAUCCAUAAAACUUCUAUAAAUAAUGAACUUUAGAGGUUAAAGAGAAAAAUGGAGUUGUGGCUUAAUAGAGAUGGGGAGUUACUAGGAAUUCAAAUUUUAGACAGGUAAUAUUUUAAGGAAGGGGUUGUUAAAAAAAGGUCUUUUUCAGUAGCAUUAUAUGUUACAUAAUGCUCACUGCUCAUAAUUUUGCCACAUGUAUUUCAAUGAUUUUGUGCAUGUUGUGUGCAAUGGACCUGUAAUUCUUGAAAAUUAUGAGUACUUGCUUUAAAAGAAGAUUCGUGAAAGUUCAAGUAUAUAGCUGGUGGGUGAGAGGCUGAAUGAAACAACUUUGUCUAAUGGGAAGUAAAAGAGAUUGCUAAAUAAUUAUGUAAAACAAACUUGGUAAACCAAAACGUAAUGUUCAUGAGUACUGUUGGGCUGUCAAAGAUCCUUUCUGUUUAACUUUCUAUAUUUCUUUUAAUUGAUGAAAGGUAUCAUGGUGAUAGUCAUCUUUCUGUGUUUCAGUUUGCAGUGAUUCUUGGGUUUCUCUUCCUGGUUGAGCUUGGAGGUUCUAUUACAGGAUAUGUCUUCAGGGAAAAAGUAAUAUUUUCAAUGUGCUUGGCAAUAAUUUAUGCAAUACUGAACAUAAGAAGGUAAUUGUGAAGAAGAGCUCCCCAAAAAACCUGUCAGCCGACUGUCGGUCAACUGUCGGCCGACAGACGGCCGACAGGUUUUGCCCGAAAUAUAGGCUACCUGUCGGCCGACAGUGGACUGACAGUCAGCCGACAGUCGGCCGACUGUUGGUAAUGUGUCGGUAACCUGUCGGUAGCUUGUCGGUAGCUUGUCCAUGAAACGUUAACACAAACCUUAAAGUUUUCUCUUGGUUUUCGCUUGAUACAACAUCCAACAUGUGUAAUACGUUGACAAUUGACUUUCAAGAUUUGGUGGCUCCUAAAGGAGCCGUUUUGUGAGUGGUGAAAUAUACAAGAUACUUCACUCGUAGAAUCGUGAUUUUAGCGGCGCGCGCCUAAAUCAAUUAUCGCAUCACGCAUCCAAGUCUAAUCAUCGAAUUGUUGCGUAUAGUAAUUUAUUACUUAACAUAACGAGUAAAAAGAUUCACAGUUGUAUCAUUUAUUAAACUUGAAAUUGGAAAUAGCUAUUCAUUCCAAACCUGCAAGAUAGAGGACGAUGUUAGCAACACAAAUGCACAAGGUAAACAUCAUUGAUACAUACAUAACAUACCAUAAGAGGCAGCGUUGCAUUGUUGGGCGAUUUGAACGAAAGUGUUUGUAUUGAUAAGUAGCUUAUGGUUAUCAGAGUUUUUGGCUGAGUUUUCGAUUAAAUUAUCUUCCAAUGCGAUUCUUAGAUUGUCUGGUGUGUUGUAAAUUACGCAAGUGAUAUAUCCUAUAUGCAUCUGAUAACAACAUUUUGGAAGAAACGUUUCUUUACAUACUUUCAACUUUGCCAUCGAUCGGUAAGUAGGUGAAGUCUGUCCAGUCAUACAUCACCAUUACGGAUUGUUAUGUCACGUUAACUGUUCGUUUUUAACACAAUUUUUCUUUUUUCUUAACCUGUCGGUAACCUGUUGGUUAGCUGUCGGUAGACUGUUGGUAACCUGUCGGCCGACAGUUGACCGACAGUUGACCGACAGUUGGCCGACAGGUUUUAUGGGGAGCUCUUCUUCACAAUUACCCAUAAGAACUCUUUUCAUAAGAUUUUGGAGCUGGUUUAGUUUUGAGAAUGAUUGACCCAGCAUAUUAUUUUGGCACUAAGGAACAAAUAGUGGAGUAUAUUCUGCCUCCUAUGGCAGAAUGUCUUGUUCAUAAUCAUGGAGGUCUUUGAUAUUUGCAGAUUAAGAGUGGUUUCAGUGAGGGAUUGAGUGUUGCAUUGGAUGACUACAAACAGGAUGGAUUUAAAAAGGCUUGGGAUGGACUGCAGUCAAAAGUGAGUAAACAUUUUACCAUAAUGUUUAUGCUGCACUUUAACCUAAACAUUUUUGCAUGAAAUCUUUACCAAACAUGUCAUGUCUUAACAGUCAAUGUUUUAAGCAAUUGACAAGUGAACUGUAAGACAAUAGAAGGACACAAAUGACUGACUGACCUUUUUGUACUCUAAUAACCCUGUGAUUGUGAUUGAUCAACAAAUAAUUAACAAAUUGACAGCAAUUUUUCAUGGUUUGUAACUUUAUUGAUCAUGGUAGUGACAUCAACAAUGUUUAAAACUAAAAUGAAACCAUGAGGCACAGGUUAACUUUUUUUAGAUUUUUUUGCCAGCUAAGGUGCCAAAAUUUUCAGGAAAUCAUUUGGGAAUGACAUAAUUAUUUUUGAAUUGUUGUUUCUGUUGUUGUUGUUGUUGUUGUUGUUGUUUUAAGUUGUGUUAUUCAAUGAGUUUUACAAUUGAAUACCACUAAGAAAUGGAUGGCAAUAGACUCUGGUUGCCAUUAAUUCAAACAUGUCAUGCAGUGACCAGCAAAAAAAGUAAUGAAUCUCUCUCAAACAGUUAAUAUACUUUGACUUGUGAUCAUUGUCAAAAUGGCAAACUGCUGCUUCUUGAGUAUACAUCUGUCAAUAAAUUAUUUUUCUUUUGAACCAUAUGCAAGGAAGCCAACACAUGUAUCAUUUUCAAGUUUGAUACUUUCAACCAAUCAUUCACCAUAAUGUUCUUCUUCUGAUGCAGACAUAAAAUUUUCCAUUCUUAGCAAGGAAAAAGAUGAAGGAUCUAUUAAGAUUGAAAGAUAGCCUUUCCUCCUGAAUUGCAAGAAUAUGUGUAAGGACAAUCAAAAACCUGUCGAUUGAAGUUACAGUGUUGAUGUGUUCUUUGUCACAUUUUUAUACCAAUACAAAAUGCAUGGUAUAUAUUUUUUUAAAUUAAGGUGCUGAUCAACAGGUUAGCAAAAACUGUGCAUUAAGAACCAUUCAAUUUGUUGUUCUGGUUCAUGUGUCAUUCAGGGUGUCCCAACCACAUCAACCAUCUUGCAUCCAUAUUCUAAUAACCUAAAAAGUUACUUGUGACGACCAUUUAAAAAGUGGUAUCCUUCAGAAACUAUAUAGAUUUUAUUUCUGCUGUUAAACAGUAUUUGUAGGAUUUCACACAUAAAUGUAAGACUGCUGCAGAAACUGGAAUGCCCUUUGAAAAACGUGUGACAAUUUUCUUUUGCUUAUUGUCCAAAGCAAACAAUUCCUUCAAUUAUGAACAUUUUGCCUUUAAUUUCUUAAGCACAAAGCAAGGAUUUGAGGCAAAUUUGAAAGGCAUUAUACCUCUAAAAUAAGGUAUAAGUUAACCACCUUACGUAUGCAAACGGCAAAUUACAAGAAUUAAACUUUGUCGUCUGCCUUUCAGCUUUAAGAGCGGUAAUAUAAAAAUAUCUGUGUUUGUUGUAAUUAGAAGAUAUUUGUGUAUUUCUCAGUUGGGUCUAUUGGAUAGGAAGAAAAGUAGGUGAAAUUGCCGUUUGCAUUUGCUGUGAACUUGGUUAAAAAUCUUGUCCAUUUCUUUCACGCACUCUCUGCAUCAUAUUCUUUUAGACAAGCAUUCCAAAACAAAAUUCUUCCAUUUUUUUCUCUCUACAAAUGAUUUAAGUUUAUUUACUGAAGGUUUUCUCUUUUCUCUUUUAACUAGAAACUAGUGAUUAAUGCUUUCAAAUCCUGCUUAAAGUCUUAACUUGUCGUGCCCAGUUACACUUAACACUAUCAACACCAGUGUCAUGGUAACCAAUGGGAGACUAAAAUGUGAUUGGUUUUCCUGCGAUAACAACAAGCGAGUCAUAGAAGAGAUAAAUCUCCAUCGAUCGCAAUUGUUGAUUGCAUGUUGCAUGUAGCUUUCUUAUAUUUUAUUGCCCAAAAGUUCUACUAUUUCUUUGUCAGAGAUGUAACAGGAUUGCACACCAAAAACUUUAAACAUGGAUCCAAAUUGCACUAUAGGUCAAGGGGUUUUGAAUAAUAAGGAGAAAUGAAACACAAUAGACAAUACGUAAACAACAGAAGUUUGGAGUUCAUUAGCAAAAAUGGCUCAAGAGUGCACCUGUCCCACAAAAACUUCCUCCAUCAAUUGCUUUCAAAGGCUUCUUAUUAAAUACAGAGUUGUAAAAAUGUAUCAAGAGCUGUCAGACUCAAAGCUAUUUAUUUUGUUAGAUUGGACUUUUGUAAAUUUCAAUUGUGAUUUAUCCCUCUAUGCACAAAAUCCAGGGGUAAAACCCAUUCCUGAAUGACACUCUAAAAUCAACAUGAAGUUGUAAUGGCUUCCCUUUUUGUUGAGUCUUAGGAUUUCAAAAAUUAACUUAGCCCCUCAAAUAUUGAAUCCAAAUGCAUUAAGCAUCUAAUGAUGAACACUGUCAUUUUAAAACUAUGUACAGUUAUUUUUUAGUAACCUGGCAACAUAGAUGCAUAACAACCCAUAAUUGAUUCACAAUCAGUUGCUUCUCUGCUCAUCUCAAUAAGUCAUUAUAUCAGUCCAGAAUGCCUUGUUUGUUUAGCUUGCCAAGUACUGAAAAAAAAAGAGUGUGAGACUGUGAAGUCAAAGGUUACUGACCAGAUUGCUGAGCAAUAGUCUAUUGAAAAUGGAGACAUGGUUGUCAGAUUUUUUUAGCCAGACAAUAUUUGAAAGGCUAUGUUACUCUUAAAAAUCUCAGAAGGCAGACAGUCUUUCAUGUGUAUAUGUUAAUUUUAUCCAUUAUAAUCUAACAUAUGUUGCAUCUGAAACAUACUUCUCUUUAAAGGAGGGAAUUAAAAUAAAUCAAGUACAAAGUCUUGUGUGCUCUGUGACAAAUAAAAAGUCUGUCUGAAAGUCUCAAACUGCUAUGUUUUCUUUCAGCUUGAAUGUUGUGGUAAUAAAAAUUAUUCAGACUGGUUCUACAAAGAAUGGACUACAGAUGAAACAUACAACAAUUCAGUGCCCCAUUCUUGCUGUAUCAAAGAUGAAGUUAGCUGUAACAUUAAUGUUACAAACCACCCAGCCACAGUCUAUUCAACAGAGGUAAUUAGUGCUAAAUUUGUGCUAACAUUUCUCAUUAAUGGUUGACAAAGUUCUUUUUUUAACCCUUUAAGCCUCAAGUAAGCAUAUUCUCCACACUGUCCUUGAGACAUUUCAAAUGGUAUUGAAUUGAGUUGGAGAUUAUUUCCUUUAUCUUCAUGACCUUAAUGUUUGAUUCCGAAUUAUAAAAUAAUUCAAAUAGUAUGCGCGCUCUGAUUGGCCAUAAAACCAUUUUACAUGAGCAUAUGUAAACGUGGUUUUCGUUCCUCUUUCAUUAGUUAUUUUAUAAAAGAAAUGUAAAAUGGUUUCCAUGUUUACAUAGCCUGAUGUAAACACUUGGGAGGUUGGGAGAACACUUGAUAAGCUGGAAACCACUCCGCUUCGCAUCAUGGUUUCCUACGCUUAUCUUGUGUUCUCCCAACCUCCCGUGUGUUUACAUCAGGCUAUGUAAACAUGGAAACCAUUUUACAUUUCUUCAGUAAUAUUGUAGGGGGAAAUGAGAUGCUGGUCAUUCUUGGGGAUUAAAGGGUUAUUUGGAGAAGAGUACCAAAUCAAAGGCUCCUUGGAGCUAUCUCAACAUAUGUCAUAGGGUAAGCUCAGAAAAUCACCACAAAUCAUGUAAUAACUUUAAAUCUUCCUUAUUGUCCUUGAUACUUGAGUUAGAAUUAAAUCAUUAGAACAGAAUAGGAAUGUGAUGGUUUGUGACAUAAAAUGUAGAAUUGAUACCAUGAGUUAGAGUAACCAAAGCAAUCAAACCUUAUUUGUGGCAUGGAUUUUAGUUUAUAGACUAAAAAGUUCUCAGCUCAGGUUAAUUAAAUUACUAGCUCAGGUUAGUGCAUUUUCUUCUUCCAAGAUGUUACUAAAACCUAGUUGAAAUACAACAUAUUCAUAGCUUAAAUCACUGUUUGAAUCAAGGGGUUAUUUUGGGUGAAGUGGGCAUUUAAUGCUUUUAAGUACUGUUACUUCAGUUCUGACAAAGGAAUAUAACUUGAUGCAUCAAUGUCUGGAAUGCAUGUUGCACAAAAUUUGAGUUAAGGAGAAUCUCUUUUUACAAUAUCAAUACAAUGUCAAGCAGACAAGAGAUGAGAAGAAAAGAAAAAUUAUCAAUUAAGAGAUUAUUCGUUCAUGCAAUACCAAAUUCAAGAGUUUUAUAGUAGACAGUAAGAAGAAUUACUGAUGAGAACUUGGGAGCAAAAAGGUUAAGUCAUUUGUAUCUGUAACAAAUGAGAGCAUUGACAUCAACCUAUCAUAAGACAAGUUAGUUAUCAUAGUCAUUUGAUAUAUGAUCUGAUCUGCGAUCCACUUAAAGUUUUGUCAAUGCCAGUCAAGCAAUCACGCCUGCAGGCUUUUGAAGGAUAUUUAGCAAUUAUUUCAUGAGUGGAUGCUAGAUAUGAGUUGGCUUUAACCAAUCUCAUAUCCAAUGAGUGCAAAUGGAAUGGCUGUUUCAUCAAAUUAAAUUAUCCACAAUGUUUGACAGAGGUGUUUGUUUUCAUCCAAAUGUAAUUCUAGCUUAGCAACACUUGGGUAAAUUGUUUCUAGAUAAGGUGAUUCAGUGUAUGAGCUGAUAACUGGAGCUGAGUGAACCAAUCAGAAAACUAGACAUGCAGUAUUUGAAGUUUGAAAUUUAAUAAUUAGUUAUGAAACCCCUAAAGGCAGCUGGUAUGUCAGCUGAUAAUGUCUGCAGCUGAGAGAUUGUGUGAAAAAUGAAUAUUUGGCUAAGAAGCAAUACUUUCAGGGCAAAUGUAAAAUGUUGAGGACAAUCUCUCAACCAAGGACAUUAUCAGCUGACAUCCCUGCAAGUCAGGAGGUUUAUGUAUUUCGUAACCCUUUCAUUAAUUUUAAUAUUGCACAUUGACAGUAAAUUGUGUAGACUUUUUAUGUUCUUUCUGGAACAGCAUGUGAGAUCAACAUUAUCACUAGACUCUUCAAAAUUAGCUUGUUUUCCUUUAUGUAUUAAAAGAAAUUGAGACAAAAAAGUGAAACUUGAGCCACAAACUUUUUUCUGACAGAAACAAUUGGACAACAAAUACUAAAGAAGUAGACACGGGUUAUUGAAUGAUAACUCCCUGAGGAUUUUGCACCACAUCAUUUAAAGUAUCCAAUAGAAUUGUGUGAAAAUUAAUGGCUGAGUUAUUAUUAAUGAUAUUUAAGUAAUUGUGGUAUGGAACAUGCAGGUGUUCUCUUAUUUCUGCUGAGACAUGAAAAUAUUAAAUCAAACCUGAAUAUAUUACAAAGGAAUAUCAUUCUCUUAAAUACCAACAGGGAUGCUAUGAUGCUGCAGUUAACUUCUUUGAGGACAAGUUGUUAAUCAUUGGAGGUGUUGCCCUAGGAAUUGCUCUUUUUCAGGUAAUUAUUGACAGAAACACUUUCCAACAUACUCCUAUUGGCUGUGGAAACACAGUAUAAGCAGUGUUAGGCACAAAAUCAGAAUUUGAUCAUAUUUGGUACACUUUUUGAUAUACCAGCUACUUAAACAAUUUGGUUAAGCUUUAUACAUAAGUUAAAGAAUUAAAGAAGACACAUCAAUUCUCUGUGACUCUGAGUUUUGUGCUUAAGCACUAGUCAGACAGAACUUUUCAGAAAAGUUCUGUCUGAUGAGUGCUUAGGUGCAAAACUCAGAGUCACAGAGAAUCAAUGCAUCCUCUUUAAUUCUUUAACUUAUGUAGACUUAGCUCUGCUACCACAGCAUUGAGCAUUUCAUGCCAAGGUAGACUCUACUCCCACAUUCAUUUAUAUUUAUAUAUUUUAUUAUAUAUAUAUAUAUAUAUAUAUAUAUAUAUAUAUAUAUAUAUAUAUAUAUAUAUAUAUAUAUAAUCUCAUUGACUGUACAUUUAGGAAUGACACAGACAGGUUUGAAACCAAAGUUAAACUGAGAGGGAGCUUAAUGGUCUCCAAAUUAUACAACUUCAGUUUCCAAAGUGGUGUCUUGAAAUUAUUGAAGCCUAGUGCCCCAGGAGUAAAGGAAACAAUCAAUUCUACCUGUAACUGAGAAAUUUCCUCAGCCUAUAGUAAUUCCAAUGUAAUUAUGGAAAGAAAUCACAAGAUGUCUACAACCUUUGAUUUGUGUUGUUUGUGAUCUUGGAGUGGCUUGUAUGAUGGUUUUAAAGACAGUUGAUGUGGUCAGUGGAAUCAGUGUCGUGCGAUAUUAAGCAAAUUAUCCUUUUCCUUCUUUUUUUUCAUCAAAAGUGAUAACUUUUGGUGAUAAAAGUUCAUCACGUGAAUAUGAUAGCGCUCUUUGCAGUAAUGAACACUACUUAAGCAGUAGUGAAAAGAAGGCCUGAAAAAAAUUCAGGCCUGUUUGGGAUUUGAACCCAUGACCUCUGUGAUAAUUGUGCAGUGCUCUAACAACUGAGCUAACAAGCCAACUGGGAACUGGUCACUGUGUUGGUUCCAAAUAAACCCGUGAAGUGGUGAAUAAAUGGCUGUGAAUAUAUGAAAGUCAUAUAUGUAAACUGCAGAUAAGACGUGAAUAUGAUAGCGAUCUUCACAGUAAUGAACACUACUUAAGCAGUAGUGAGAAGAGGGCCUGGAAAAAAAUUAAGGCCUGUACGGGAUUUGAACCCAUGACCUCUGCAAUACUGGUGCAGUGUUCUACCAACUGAGCUAACAAGCCAACUGGGAACUGGUCACUGUGUUGGUUCCAAACAAAUCUGUGUAGUGGUGAAAAAACGGAUAAAGACGUGAAUAACAUAGUAUCUUUUCACUACUGCAUAAGUAGUGUUCAUUACUGUGAAGAUGGCUAUCAUAUUCACGUCUUUAUCUGCAGUUGAAAUAUAUGACUUUCAUAUAUUCACAGCUGUUUAAAAGUUCAUCAUUAUGCAAAAUCCAUCAUUUUACAUAGUCAUUAAUCACUUUGAUCUUAACUUGGCACAAUUUGCUCAUAGAAAAAUGUCACUACAAUUUUAGUUAUUCUACCUAUUGGAAGGCCUGUACAUAUUUAAAAGCUACAAGAAAAUAAGAGUUUUUCAGUUCAAUCCUAAAGUAUCAAAGUUGAAGAAAAAUCAUAUUUUGGUUUCAUAAUUAAAAAUGCCCUGCCUUAAGGCUUUUUUACUUUGUAGCAAUGUAUCAUGGCCUAAGGGUUAUUGUACUGAUGUGGCUGAUGUAAAAUAUAAAUUGGAUUCUUAACCAAUUUCUAAGAUAUGAUAGAUUAUAUUACGUAACACUUUUCUUACUUUAUUUCCAGCUUAUUGGUGUGGGAUUGUCAUGUUGUUUGGCAAGCAGUAUCCAGCAUUCCAGUAAAUAUGAACUGGUUUAAUCAAUUUUGUCAUCCCACUUGAAUUAAUAAAAUGAGAAGCCUGGGUUUAUAAUUCUGAAUUAUGGUAGAAAAGUGCACUCGUGAAGUCUAAGGGUAUCAGAGAAGCCCACUUAGGGGUAGAUGCCUCACAAUUUUGCAUCAUCUUAUGUUGUGACAAUGUUGUUAAACCUACAGAAAUGAGUGUUGGUGAAAUAUGUUUAUUCUUAUCAAAUGUUGUUGCAGCAAAAAGUUUGUUCUAUGGUUUUUAACACCACCUAUAUGUACUUUGCAUUAUGCUGACCUUGUUUAAGUAUAGUCUUGUGAGGUGGGACUGGUUGGGAAAAAUAAGUGGGAUCAUUAAAAAGUCAUUGCCUUAUCAGUAAAAGUCUGGUAGUCAUUUUUGAAUAAACAUCUGCUGCAUCACCAGGAGAAUGAAAUGCAGGUCUUAUAAAUGAAAAAAACGUUUUUGUUGCUAAUUUUAAGCUUUCAAUAUUUAAAUAAAUUACCUCCUUCACCUACAUGUAGUCUGUUUCCAAUGGUUUUGUAUUGUCAUUGCCUACCUCAAAUUUGCAUGGCUGUGUCCUUUUUAUUUAGUAAUGGGAGAGAAGAAAAUUAAUCUUAAACCUUGGAAAAAUCUUGUUAGUAAUAGUAGUAUAAAUUACCCUAAGUUCCUCUGUCAGUGCUGGAUAAACAAAAUUCCCAAUUUUUAUUUUAUCAAAGUGUCAGCAAAUAUUGUACCUGGGUGAACAGAGGAAGCUUUCACAGAGACUGAUACUUUGUGACUGAAGUUGCAGCUA